AAGCCGGCAGGGAAUACUUGCAGUGGUGGUGGGGGUACUUGGCUGCUGCCCCACUGUCAACUGUCGUUGACGAAGUUUUCCUGCACGGAGCGGCAUUCUGCUCCGCCUUUUCCAGUGUGUCCUGUGUGUCACGGCCAAGAUUAAACAAUCACAUUCAUAAUAGUCGCCUUGCCGGCCCCACUUCGGCCUACUUGUAAAUGUGAAACCUUUGCCUGUUUUAUGUCUCUGUGCGAACGCGUAGUUAUGCAUUGUUUCCGUCGUGUUUUUCGUAUGAAAUGCUGUGUUUGGUUACUGAGUGCCUUCUGCCUACUUUUCAUCCUCAGCACUCUUAAUUCUUUCCACGGAGAUAUGGUGGCUUUGAACCGUGUGAGGAAGUGCAGGGGCACUCAACCUCAAUCCUGGAUCUAUCAUGUUAAUGACGGAUGGCAAUACCGAAGGAACGUGUAUAAAAGGGGUACUAUGUACCUCAAGUGUGUGAAAAAAGACUGCCCUGGUUCUGCUCUCUGUGACAGGCCGAGAGGUUUUUUACACACGAAGGCACACACUCACAGAAGAGACAGAUUGUAUCCUAUGGUAUUACAGUUGCGUAGAAGAAUUUUGAACCGAUGUAGGAGUUUGGAAUUUAUUUCCUUUCGUCGCAUUUUGGUGCAAGAAAGUCGAAGGUAUCCCAUCCGAGUGCAAGUCAGAUUAAGGCUUGCCAAAAUCCGUAGUGCAAUGCAGCGUGCUCGAGCCAAGAUGUUUCCACCUGCCCCAGAUACUCUUAGGGAGUUGACUCGUAUUCUGCAGGAUCCGAGAUAUCGGAUUAUCUCAGCAACUCAUGACGCUCGUGAUAGCCUCUAUGCCGCAAGCGUGACAGCUGAUGAUCAGUCCCACCACAUAAUAUUCAUGUCAAGGCGUAUGGCCCGAGUAGCUCGCUCACUAGAUCUUCUAUUUGCGGAUGGGACAUUUAAGGUGAAGCCAGCUAUUGAUGAACUAGAUGAAGCAUCUCAGGUUUUUGCUCUAGUUGGAAACUGGGACCGUACAGUGAUACCACUGGGAUGGGUUUUAAUGCAAAGGCGGACAACAUCAGCCUAUGAAGCCGUUUUCCGAACCUUACGCAUUCUUUUGCGAGGAGGUGACAACUUCCGAACAGUAAUCACUGACUUUGAGUCAGCAACACGGAGAGCAUUUGCAAACAUUUUUCCUCAUUUGCGGCGUCAAGGAUGUUUCUUUCAUCUAGUUCGUGCCAUCAUCAAAUAUGCUAAGGAUGUGUUACUCAUGACUAGACUCUUGAGACUUUGGCCAUACAGUGAGCUGAUUAAGUGCUUCUGUUGUUUGGCACUGCUGCCAGUUCGAUUUAUGAGAAGAGGCUUCCUAAUUCUUCUGAGACUAACCAGGGAUCAGGGAGUGAGGAUCUAUAGGAAUAUGAGAAUGUUAAUUGAUUACAUCAGACGGCGAUGGGUUGCUCAUCCCAUUCGAAAGCAUUGGAUGUGUGUGUAUGGAUCGUUCCACCGCACCAAUAACACUUCAGAGAGCCACAACAAAAUGCUGGCAAACUUUAUUGGUGUGCAUCACCCUAAUACUUACAACUUCAUUGAUGCAUUGGGCUCCAUGGAGGCCAAUGCUUACGCUGAUGCAAUGGCCCUGGCAAUUGGAGAGAAGCCAAACCGAGGACGUAAGCUAUCAGCUAUUGCCCUGGAUCAGCGACUCAGGACUUUGUACAGAUCUAUCAGAAACCCUCCUGGAGAUCUAGAUGCAGCUAUCCUCCGUUUCUUGCGAGCUGCUGCCCAUACAUUCGACAACGCCUAUGACAGAGCAGUUCAAGAAGUUUAGCUAUCUUUGAGAAGUUAGAAGUAAAUAAGAGGUUUAUUCCUUGAGAUGAGUUGUGAACUGUGUGGUUUCAAUCUUUUCUCGCUGCCUGCAUGACAUUUCAGUUCAUGUUCAGGUGGUGUUCUUUCCGAAGCUGCCAUUAUUAUAUCAUUUCCUAAGUGCAAUAUUGUAAGAAAGUUUUUAUUAAUCAGCUAUAUGAGGUGCUUAAGAGGAAAAGGUCCAAAAGAAAAGUGAAUUUCUGAUGUUUAGACGCUCAUAACUUUGAUCCUUGCUGCCUUUUUCUUAUUGUUUUCAUGUAUAUGGCUGUGCAGCUUGAAGCUCUCACUCAAGUGUUCACUCUGAUAUCAAUUGUAAUUCUGCGCCUCAGUGUACAAAAUACACA